UCACACAGCGAGUUGAUUGCACGGAACGGCAGGUACACGCACAUGUGGGCCAUGCAAGAAAUGGAGAGGCCGUUGCAUCUCUACGCCAAGGAGGAUGCCAAAGAUGAUGGAAGUUACAAUGUGCAUUCAAGUACAAAUGGGUCACCACGACAGCUGACUGAUGAUGAUGAAGAAGACAUUUUCUCCUCUGUAGAUGUGGAGGUCGAUACUAAUCUAUUGGACGUAGAUGAUCUUAUUUCACGAGAUGACGCGCGAGGGGAUUUGGAGAACUACCAUCGAGGUGAAGGUGGUGGGUCCGGGAGCAACGACCUCAAGCUCGUAAAUGAAUGAGACAUUGCUGCAAGGAUCUUGGGGAAGAUUUGGAGCCGGAGGAAGAAAGGAAAAGGAGAGACGAUGAAUAUGUGUUGAAGCUGUGGUGGUGAAUAUCAAUAUCGUCUUCGCCAUUUGAUUUUCGGGAGGCGGAAACACAAGUUUGUAUUUUUGAGCCUUGGGAAACAUUGGGACUGGCGGAAUCCUGUGAAAUUGUGAAUAGCAUUUGACAGACUAGGUGUCAGGUAAUCCCUCUUUCUAUCUUCAUGAGUUGCUCUUCGUCUAGAACAUUGCUUCAAAUUUGCGACUUCUCUCACUCGCGUUUUCCAGAAAUUUCUGCUAGUAAGGGAAAGGGACGAUGGGGGCUUUGUAACAUAAAGAAUCAUUGUGCAUUUGUGGGUGAAGUUUCACAACUUUCGACUUCUAACUUUUAAGUUUUAAGUUUUAAGUUCUGAUCUGAGUUAUUCAUCAUCCAGGGGGUACAGUGAAAUUAUGUACUUACUUUUUGAGAAGGUGUGAGAGGACAAGACGAAUGUGUUUAUGGAAAUUUAACUUAUUUUAAGUUUAUUGAACUUUAUUCAAUUUGAAAAGUGAAUUAGAACUAAGAGAUUGACAUGAGCAUUGCACUGUGACACACCUGCGUGGGGCAAUGUGAGGUGCUCCGAGGUGGUGGUUUACACCAAUUAAAUA